UACACAGUGAGCCGUAGCCGUGCUCGGACGUUAACUCGAACGCUGGGCAGGCUUCACGUCCGCGGAGCGGGUUCGGUUUGCGUCGUCAUCGACGACGACGGAUUCUGCGCUCUGUGCUGACUGUGGCGGUGGGUCGGGUGCCGUCAGGACACGGAAGUGGUGGCCUGCCUUAGCCAUUGCGAUGCCAGGUGGCGGCAGAGAACAUGGAGGCUAACUAACUAGCUGCCCACGCAGCCUCUGCGGCACUUGGACGACACCAAUAUGCCGGCGGGAGUUUGCGGCUGCUGCGGGCCGCUCAGACCUCGCUACAAACGUCUGGUGGACAACAUCUUCCCAGAGGACCCCAAGGACGGUCUGAGCAAGUCAGACAUGGAGAAGCUGACCUUUUACGCCGUGUCGGCUCCGGAGAAGUUGGACCGCAUCGGGGCGUACCUGGCGGAGCGCCUCAGCCGCGAUGUUGUGCGCCAUCGCUACGGGAACGUGGUGAUUGCCAUGGAGGCCCUGGACCAGCUGCUGAUGGCUUGUCACUCGCAGAGCAUCAAACCCUUUGUGGAGAGCUUCUUGCACAUGGUGGCCAAGCUACUGGAGUCCAGGGAACCUGACCUGCAGGUCCUGGGGACCAACUCGUUUGUGAAAUUCGCCAACAUUGAAGAAGACACUCCAUCCUACCACCGCCGCUAUGACUUUUUUGUCUCUCAGUUCAGUGCCAUGUGCCACUCCACCCACGAGGACCCGGACACCAAGACCAGGAUCCGAGUGGCUGGCAUCAAGGGUCUGCAAGGGGUGGUCCGAAAGACUGUCAACGACGAGCUGCAGGCCAUCAUCUGGGAGCCGCAGCACAUGGACAAACUCAUCCCGUCCAUGCUCUUCAACAUGCAAGACUCUGAUGACAUGGAGAGGGUGGGGGCAGUGCAUCCGAGCACGCCGUGCGUGUCGGGUCAAGACGGCAACGAGAAUCCGGCAGCGCUGGCCGAGAGCUGCUUCAGAGAACUGCUGGGACGCGCCGCCUACGGAAACAUGAACAACGCCGUCAGACCCGUGCUCGUCCACCUGGACAACCAUAACCUGUGGGAUCCCAACGAGUUUGCCGUUUCCUGCUUCAGGAUCAUCAUGUACUCCAUCCAGGCGCAGCACUCUCACCACGUCAUCCAGCAGGUCCUGGGUCACCUGGAUGCCAACAACAAGAGCCCGCCUCGGGUACGUGCCGGCAUCGUACAAGUGCUGCUCGAGACGGUGGCCAUCGCUGCCAAAGGCUCCGUGGGGCCGACGGUGCUGGAGGUGUUCAACACGCUGCUGAAGCACUUGCGCAUGAGCGUGGACCUGGAGCUGGGCGAGGGCUCCCGCAGGAACUCGGGCGCCAGCACCUCGUCAGGCCGCAGCAAGGAGAGUGACGAGCGUAUCGUGCAGAACGCCAUCAUUCAGACCAUCGGUUUCUUCGGCGGUAACCUGCCCGACUACCAAAGGGCCGAGGUAAUGAUGUUCAUCAUGGGAAAGGUGCCCGUCUACGGGACGCCGUGCCACACGCUGGACACCGUCAAGAUCGGGCAUCAGGGGACCAAGAGGAUCCAGACCAUGUUGCUCAGCUCCCUCAUUAUGGUGACGUCCGGUUUCAAGUCCAAGUCGAUGUCGGGCGCUCUGCCGUCCCCCUUCCUGGACCCGCUCUUCUCCAUCUCUUUGAUGGAGGACAGCGAGCUGCGCCAGCUGGUGUUCGAGAUCCUGCACAACAUCAUCGACAGACACGACAACCGCGCCAAGCUACGAGGAAUCAGGAUCAUCCCCAAUGUGGCGGCUCUAAAGAUCAAGCGGGAGAAGAUUUCCAAGCAGGACGUGGCCUUCAUGAAGAAGCACGGCCAGCAGCUGUACCGCCACAUCUACCUGGGCUGCAAGGAGGACGACAACGUGCACAAGAACUUUGAGCUGCUCUUCACCACGCUCGCCAUCCUCACCAUCGAGCUGGCCAAUGAGGACGUCGUCGUGGAGCUCGUCCGCCUGGCCGUCGCGGUGCAGGACAUGGCUCUGUCCGCGGAGGAGAAUUUGUCCGUGUGGCUGCGUUGUAGCUUGCUGGCCUUGGUGGCGGCGUACCUCAACUUCCUGAGUCAGAUGAUCGCCAACGCUGCUUUCUGCCAGCACGUCAGCAAGGUCAUCGAGCUGCGCAACAUGGACGCUCCCUACCUUCUACCCGAGCACGUCUUCCGUGACAAGUGCCCGCUUCCCGACUGCCUGGACAGGGACGACGCGGCGCUCUUCUUCCAGAGCACUGACAUGGCCGAGAGUCUGGCGGGCGCUGGCUACAACGCCGACAGACUCAACGUUCCCUAUGUGCCACAGGUCACAGUGCUUUACACAGUGGGCAAAAUCCUGCACAGGUGCAAACAGACAUCCAGAGAGCGCCUGACCCGGAGGAAGAGCUUUGUGGACACCAUCUCCUUACAAGUGGACAUCCUGGCCAGCAGCCUGCCGGACAAGUCGCAGCUGGCCGAGGAGAUCACCUUUGAGACCCUGAAGAAAGCCAUCGACACGAGUGUCCUGGAGGAUCAAGAACGCGAGCGUCGCCGGCAGGUGAUGGAGAAAUUCCAGAAAGCUCCAUUUGAGGAGAUCGCAGCGCACUGCGAAUCCAAGGCCAACAUGCUACACGAGCGUCUGGCGCACAUCUUUGAACUCACCAUCAGACCUCCCCCAAGCCCAUCCGGCGUGCUGUCAGUUUCCUCAGGCCACACCCAGCACCAGUCGGUGCCCAUCUACGAGAUGAAGUUUCCUGACCUCUGCGUCUACUGAGCGCACGUCCACACAUAGGCGUUAGUAGUGUUGUCACUCAUAUCACAGCAUAUGGAAAGAGCAGUAUCAUCAUCACCAUGCACUUUCACGAGCGUCAACGAACCUUGACCACCUUUCAGAAUUCAAAAUGGCCUCUGAAAAAAAAGUUUGGCCUUCUAAGGAAAGAACUUUGGAUUAACUCCCAAGAAAGUAAAGAACUGUACACAAGCGUGAGGACGCUUGGCAAACUCUCUCGCAAGCGGACGCUUCCAUCUGGCCUCCAAAUGAAUGUUAACGAUAGAGGCGCCGCAAACGGGUCCGCUCAAUCAAGCGCAGUAGGAAACAGAUGCCCAUCCGCUUGAUUUUGCCGAGCAAGUGUGGUUUGCUUUAGCGCUCGAUGCUCCAUUUUUCAAUCACAGUCAACUUGAUUGUAUUGCGGAAGACGGGAAGUCCGUCGUCAGUUGUCGGGGCGGCAACGUUGUUUCACGUGGCUUGGUCUGGAUUUGACGCCUUUGGUCCAUUCACAGCAAACGAUGGACGCUCGUUAAUUUGAAAGCGCUUUGUUGUUUGUGGUCGAAUCAUGACAAUGUUGCGGAAAUAAAGUUCACUCGACACUC